AUGACUAUUGCCAUCACCACCAACGCCAUCACCGUCACCAAGACUACCAUCACCACCAUCUCUGAGGCCCCAUGGAAAUCUGAGAAGACAUUGGCCAAACAUCCAUUUGGGGGCUGGAAGAGGCAGCAGGAAGAACCAGCAGGAAGCAGAAGCUUCUUUUCCUGGUGCCCUGACCAUGCUGAAGCAGGUGCAUCUGAGUUAGGACAGGCCGUCAAAGAUGGCAUCUGGCCAGACAUUAAAGAAGAAGGAGACGAAGAUGAAGGUAAAGAAGAUGAAGAUGAUGGGGAGGGGGAGAAGAGAGAGGAAGAUGGAUAA